UGCCUUCCUGAGCCCGCGCGCAAACCGUGGAGGGAAUCCGGCAGACCGAGCCCCCAGGCCGGGCGCCAGGCCCCUGUCCGCCAGCCACCACGGAGGGGGAGGAGGACAGCCAACCCCUCCGGCCCUGGCAUGGCCCAGCGGGGGCAGUGAGCUCCCGCCUGCCCACGGCUUGGUGCCCAGACGGGCCCAGCACGUGAGCAGCCGAGCCUGCUAACCACAGCGCCGCACCUGUCCACCCCCCACGGCCACCAUGUCCGGUUCCUACGACGAGGCCUCGCUGGCUCCGGAGGAGACCACCGACAGCUUCUGGGAGGUGGGGAACUACAAGCGGACGGUGAAGCGCAUCGAUGACGGCCACCGAUUGUGCAACGACCUGAUGAACUGCGUGCAGGAGCGCGCCAAGAUCGAGAAGGCCUACGCGCAGCAGCUCACCGACUGGGCCAAGCGCUGGCGCCAGCUCAUCGAGAAAGGUGCCUCCCCGGGCCCUCACCCUGCACCCUGCGCCCUGCGUCCUCCUCCCACGCGCUGCUCCCUCCCAGACCAAACCAGGCCUCCCUGUGACCUGGAGAAGGUCAAGAACUGGCAGAAGGACGCCUAUCACAAACAGAUCAUGGGCGGCUUCAAGGAGACCAAGGAGGCUGAGGACGGCUUCCGCAAGGCCCAGAAGCCCUGGGCCAAGAAGAUGAAGGAGUUGGAGGCAGCCAAGAAGGCCUACCACUUGGCCUGCAAAGAGGAAAAGCUGGCCAUGACACGGGAGAUGAACAGCAAGACGGAGCAGUCGGUCACCCCCGAGCAGCAGAAGAAGCUGCAGGACAAGGUGGACAAGUGCAAGCAGGACGUGCAGAAGACACAGGAGAAGUAUGAGAAGGUGCUGGAAGAUGUGGGCAAGACCACGCCCCAGUACAUGGAGAGCAUGGAGCAGGUGUUCGAGCAGUGCCAGCAGUUCGAGGAGAAGCGGCUGGUCUUCCUCAAGGAGGUGCUGCUGGACAUCAAACGUCACCUCAACCUGGCCGAGAACAGCAGCUACAUGCACGUGUACCGUGAGCUGGAGCAGGCCAUCCGGGGGGCCGACGCGCAGGACGACCUCAGGUGGUUCCGCAGCACCAGCGGCCCCGGCAUGCCCAUGAACUGGCCCCAGUUUGAGGAGUGGAACCCAGACCUCCCUCACACCACCGCCAAGAAGGAGAAACAGCCCAAGAAGGCAGAGGGGGGCACGCUGCCCAACGCCACUGGGGCGAUGGAGUCCACAUCCCAGGCUGGGGACCGUGGCAGCGUUAGCAGCUACGACAGAGGCCAACCCUACGCCACCGAGUGGUCGGACGACGAGAGCGGGAACCCCUUUGGGGGCAAUGAAGCCAACGGGGGCGCCAACCCCUUCGAGGAUGACGCCAAAGGAGUGCGUGUGCGGGCGCUCUACGACUACGACGGCCAGGAGCAGGACGAGCUCAGCUUCAAGGCGGGAGACGAGCUCACCAAGCUGGGCGAAGAAGAUGAGCAGGGCUGGUGCCGCGGGCGGUGCCGCGGGCGGCUGGCCAGCGGGCAGCUGGGCCUCUACCCCGCCAACUACGUGGAGGCCAUCUAGCUGCCCUGCCCCCCUCCCUCUCCCCCCUUGC